AUGUCGCAUUAUCCCCAAUCUCAACCACCUUACGGGGCUCCUCCCCAAGGCUAUCCCCAGAACGCCUACCAACAACAACCCCCAUAUCCUCAACAGCAAUACGGCGCACCUCAGGGCCCUCCACCACAAGGUCACUACCCACCCCAGGGCCAAUACGGCCAACCUCCGCAGCAGCAAGGCUACUACGGCGCGCCCUCGCCCCAACCACCAGCCGGAUACCAUGCACCCCCUCAACCUCCAGCUGGGUAUCACCACGCACCAUCACCACAACCGGGAUACGGCGCACCCCCACCAGGUCAAGCGCCCUACGGCCAAGGGCCGCCUCAAGGCUAUGCGCCACCCCCAGGACCGCCACCCAUGGGCGGUGCACCAGGCUACCCACCACAAGCCGGAUACGGCGCACCACCUAUGGGCUCGUAUGGCGCACCAGCAAUGCCCUCCCUCGGCUACGCACCCGGCCAAGUAGCACCAGGCGACUUCCGGCGCGAAGCGGACAUCCUACGCAAGGCAAUGAAAGGAUUCGGCACAGACGAGAAGGCACUCAUCCAAGUGCUAGCGCGUCUAGACCCGCUCCAGAUGGCCGCAGUACGCGCCACAUACUCGCAGCACAUCGGUCGCGACCUGCACAAGGACGUAAAAUCCGAGACAGGCGGGUAUCUAGGCCAGGGACUGUUAGCCGUGAUCGAGGGGCCAUUGAAUUACGAUGUGGAAUGUGCGCGUGAGUCGAUUGUAGGCCUUGGCACCAAGGAGUGGUUGAUGAAUGAUGUCCUACUUGGGAGAUCUAAUGCGGAUCUCAACGCUAUCAAGACAGCAUAUGAGCGCAAGUAUCAUCGUCAUCUCACAAGGGAUGUUGAGGACGAUCUAUCGAUGAAGACUGCUGUCUUGUUCAAGCGGGUUUUGGAGGCCAGAAGACAUGAGGAGUCCAUGCCUUGCAAUCCCCAAGAUAUCAGUGCUAAGGUUGCUGCUGUGCAUGCCAAGCAGAAGGAUCAGGCGCUUGAUAUUUUGGCGACUUCGUCGAAUGCGGAGCUUCGCGCCAUUGAUCAUGAGUUUAGCGCGAGGUAUCAUACUUCGUUGGAGAAGGUCAUUUUGAAGGACUACUCGGGUCAUAUGGAGAAGGCUUACGUGCAUAUGGUACGGACCGCGACUGAUCCGGCUAUGCGUGAUGCUAUUCUACUCGAGGAAUGCAUGGCGGGUAUGGGCACAAAGGAUGAGGCUUUGGUCACGAGGAUUGUGCGUUUGCACUGGAAUCGGGAUCACAAAGAUCAGGUCAAGCGUGCCUACCGUCAUAAGUUCAAGAAAGACUUGAUCCAGCGAGUGCGCGGCGAGACUUCUGGUGACUAUGAGCGCUUGAUGGUUGCUUUGUUGGAGUAG